AUGUUCUUUAUUGGAAACGUCGAGGAAAGCAAUGAAAAUACCCAUUUACGUUUGAGCAAUUCCCGUUCAAUGAUAGCGAAAGAAAACUCCACAAUAAACUUUGAUGAUUUUCCAAAAAUUGAAAUAAUUCAAAAAGUGAAAGCUUUGUGCCAGCUUAACUUUUCAUCUAAUCUCCUAAUACUGUAA